UGUACUCGGGGCCUCCGCAGCUUCAGUGAUGAUGUGAUUAUUCUUUCUGAUCUGCCUCAGUAUGUCGAGAAUACAUUUUCGAUAUUACGUUCAAUCUGUCACUUGUGAAGACUAAUAUUCCAUUCAAAAUUGGAAUAUGUGUAUGUGUAGAAGUGCUGCGUUCCUAAUUGGGUCGGUAAUUACGGGACGGGUCCGAAGGUACACGUAUUUUCGUUUCCAUUGAACGAAAACUGUCGUAAAAGAUGGCUCAAUGAAAUCCCUCGUAGUGAUUUAGUGGUUACAAAAUACACCCAAGUAUGUAAUUGGCACUUUGCUGAGGACAGCAUCAUUUGGGAAUCCACCUUCCAUGACGAAAAGAUAGGAUAUAUCAAGCAGAAGAAGCCGAGAUGAGAAAUUGAGGGACAAGGAACAAGAACAACUACUUAAAGCACUGAAAACUAGCAUUGAUGAUUUAUCCUCCUAUCAAAAAUCAAGUUGUUUUCAAAAUUAUUCAGACUUUCUCACAGUUUUCAGUUCAUGGCAAUGUCCAUAUGGAUGGACCAGCACCCAUCAUAACUCACUCUGUAAUUGUUGAUAAAGAUCUCAAUGUAAAAACGUAUAUGUACUCCCAAGAAUAGUUACUCAACUC